CUGUUGUUUCGUUGUUGACGGACGUCGCGACGUCGUCGUGCGUUCGUUCAGUCGCUGCACGGACGGCGCGCGCUCAGGUCGACGUCGACGUCUUCAAGCGUCGCCACUUCUUCAGCUGGGGGAAGAAGGAACGAAUAGUAUUACAGAUCGCGUAUGCCGCGCACGUACGAAUCGCGUGUCCCCUGUUGAACAGUGCCGCGGACCCGUAUAUUAAUCGAAAGACAAUUAUAUUAGACCCGAUGAAAGUGGGUUAAUAACGAAUGCGCACACUUCGACGACGAUGUUUUUACCUGUUCAAAGUUCGCAACAUCUGUCUACGAUAGAUGAGUAAACUAUUUCGAGGAAUCGCAGGAAGACGUCUCCCCCGCCGCCGCAGCUACCUCAAUCACUAAUUAUGUUGACCCAGAGAUGGCGCCGAUUCUCUAUCCUGAUCUUAAGCACGAUGCUGUGGUUCUGCGCACUUCGAGAAUCCGACGGUGAGGUCUUCACCAUGGGCUACAUCACCGGAUCGCAGAGGUUACCCGGCGACAAAGAGUACCAACGUCACGGCCUCACCAUUUCCGGUGCGAUCUCGUUGGCCGUCGAAGAGGUGAACGCCGGUCGACUGGGACGUCUCGGCCACAGUCUCGAGUUCAUCAUCGCCGAGACGUACGGGAAGGACGUGCUCAGCGUCAAGCAGACGGCGAACCUCUGGACGAGGAACGUUUCGGUCUACAUCGGACCGCAGGAGUACUGCGAGCACGAGGCCUUCAUGGCGGCAGCCUUCAACCUACCCAUGAUCUCAUACUUUUGUACUGCGAACGAAACAUCUGAUAAAACGAAAUUCCCUACGUUCGCGAGGACGAGACCGCCGAUCACGCAGAUCUCCAAAUCCGUCGCUUCCGUUCUCACCUACUUCAAUUGGACAGACGUGGUAUUAUUGUAUUUGGAUUCUCCGAAUCCCUCCGAUUUCGAGUACGGGAACAUCGCCAGAAUCAUCCUGCACACUUUAUCCACCGCCGGGGUGAACGUAAUCGCCAGCAGGUCUUGGAAUACGGCCUACAUGCACGUGACCGGAUACAACAUGGAGAAUCCUUUCCAUCAGUUGGUAGAGGAUACCUACCUUGACACCAGAAUUUACGUCAUCCUGGGUCACCACUACGAGCAUCUGGAAUUGAUGGUCGCGAUGCAGGCGAGGAAACUUUUCGAAAAAGGGGAAUAUUUUGUGAUCGGCGUGGACAUCGAGGAGUACAACCAGAAGAAUCCCGCCAUGUACCUGCAGAGCUUCCUCACGGAGGAGUACGAUCCGUUCGCUCAGACCGCCUUCCAGAGUUACAUCGGUGUGGUGCCGUCGAGUCCGGUGGGUUUCGAAAAUUUCGCGGUGCUCGUAAACACCUACCUGGAAAAGCCACCGUUCAACUUCUCGAAUCCGUUGAAUCAUUUAGGCGUGAACGCAGGGAAAAUCAUUCGUGCGGGUGCAGCCUACCUGUACGAUGCGGUGCACUUGUACGCGCGCGCCCUGAUGACGGUCCUGGAAUCCGGAGGGAAUCCGAGGAACGGCACAGCCAUCAUAGAUUCCAUCAAGGAGACGCACUACAAGAGCGCCAUGGGAUAUAUGGUGUACAUGGAUGAGAAUGGGGACGCCGAAGGCAAUUACACGCUGAUUGCGCGCAAGCCGUUGGCAGGAAGGACGGACCUAAAGGAGAUCGUGAGUAAGAGGAACAGGGCCCGUCUCAAUUCGACCACCACGAAAUCGUCGGCGGCAGAACGAUUCGGUCUCUAUCCGGUUGGCGUCUUCACGCUGAGGAGCUUCGAUUCGAAACUACCGUUGUUGCAAUUGGUGGAAGACAUCGAUUGGAUCGCCGGAGCGCCGCCGAUAGCAGUGCCACCGUGCGGAUUCCGUGGAGAAAAAUGCAUCUCUCACACGGCGGAGAUUAUGUACGGAAUCACGGGCGGCGUGUUCUUCGUGAUGGCCAUCAUCGCUCUGAUCUUCUACAGGAAUUGGCGGUACGAGCAGGAAUUGGACAGUCUUCUGUGGAAGGUGGACUUCAGGGAGAUUCAGAUCAACGAUGAGCCAAACGCCAGUUGCCUAGGAACGAAAAUUACAAGGGCGCUCCAUCCUUUGAUCAGAACGAGCCAGGUGUCGCUGAGUUCGAAUCCGGAUGCGGAUUUCCGGUACUCGAGCAUCUUCACGCAGAUCGGCAUCUACAAGGGUCGCGUGUUUGCCAUCAAAAAAGUCUAUAAGAAGUCGAUAGACAUUACCAGGGACAUGAAGAAGGAGCUGAAAAUGAUGAGGGAUUUGAGGCACGACAAUUUGAACGCUUUCAUCGGAGCCUGCACGGAUCCGCCGAACAUCUGCAUCGUGACCGAGUACUGCACCCGGGGAAGUCUCAAGGAUAUCCUGGAGAACGAAGACGUCAAGUUGGACAACAUGUUCAUAGCCUCCCUCGUCGGCGAUAUUUUAAGGGGUAUGAUUUAUCUGCACGACUCUCCGGUUCGUUUCCAUGGAGCUCUGCACACGGCCAACUGCCUCGUCGAUUCCAGAUGGGUUGUCAAGUUGUCGGAUUUCGGGUUGAGAGAGUUCAAGAAGGACGCCGAGGAUCCCGGUCUGAAAGACCCGAAUCGAAUUCUGGACAAAUGUCGCACAUUGCUCUAUAGGGCGCCGGAGCUGCUCAGACUCACCGACUCAUACCUUUCCAGCAAUCCGCCAGGUGGCACCCAGAAAGGAGACGUCUAUUCGUUCGGCAUCAUCCUCUACGAGCUGCACAGCCGUCACGGGCCCUACGGAGAGAUCGGUCUUUCCGCCGCCGAAAUCCUCAACAGGAUCAUACACAGAAACAUCACCGCUCCAUUCAGGCCACCCCUGGAGUCCUUGGAGAACAGUUUCGAUUUCGUGAGGGACUGCCUCAAGGAGUGCUGGGCCGAAGAUCCCGAACUCAGACCUGACUUCAAGAUGAUCCGAACGAAGCUUCGACCUCUGCGCAAAGGAAUGAAACCCAACAUCUUCGACAACAUGAUGGCAAUGAUGGAGAAGUACGCCAACAACUUGGAGGUGCUCGUCGACGAGCGCACGGAUCAACUGCAAGAGGAAAAGAAAAAGACAGAGGCUUUGCUCUACGAAAUGUUACCGAGGCCAGUGGCUGAGCAGCUGAAGAGAGGCAAUAAAGUUGAAGCUGAGGGAUUCGACUCGGUGACGAUCUACUUCAGCGACAUCGUCGGAUUCACCUCGAUGUCCGCCGAAAGCACUCCGCUUCAGGUUGUCGAUUUUCUCAACGAUCUCUACACUUGCUUCGAUUCCAUCAUUGAAAACUACGACGUCUACAAAGUUGAGACAAUCGGCGAUGCCUACAUGGUGGUGAGCGGUCUGCCCAUACGGAACGACAUUCAGCACGCAGCCGAAGUUGCUACGAUGUCCCUGCAUCUGCUCGCCGAAGUGAAAAACUUUAUCAUAAGACAUAGACCGAAGGAGAAGUUGAUGUUGCGUAUAGGGAUACAUUCAGGGCCCGUUUGUGCGGGGGUGGUAGGUCUGAAGAUGCCACGCUAUUGCCUGUUCGGAGAUACGGUGAACACGGCAAGUCGAAUGGAAUCGUCCGGUGUGGCGUUGAAGAUCCACUGCAGCGAACAGUGCGAGGCUCUGCUGACGAAACUAGGUGGUUAUCAUCUGGUGGAACGAGGAAUGGUCUGCAUGAAGGGAAAAGGAGAGCAAAAGACGUUCUUCCUCAUCGGCGAAGACGAAGCUAUGAGGAAUCUGAGGAGAACGGAGCGCGAGAAUCGAAGGGCUUCGAGCAGCGGAAGAUCGGUUAAAGGCAACGAUACGAACGGUCAUUGCGUUCUGCCGAGGAGUUCGCUGAAGAACAAGAAUAGUAUAGUUAGAAGUCCGAUUCCGAGAUGCUCCAGUUUCGAAUCGCCGAAGAGGUUGAGAUUCGCGAGCGGUGACAACCUCGAGUACAGGAUGAUGAGCACCAGAACACUGGAAGCGAUCGCCGAUGACAGUCCGAUAAAGAAGAGUGCGAAUUCGCUGAUGGAGAACUCGCUGGAAUGCUGCAGCGAUUGGAAGACGUCGAGCACGUCCUGUCCAUGCAUCGAGAAUCUUGCCAAUUCGACAGCAACUUUGGCCCAAUUCCAACUGUCGUUGCUCGGCGGAAGAGAUGACACCACGAAAACUGUCCAGACUCGGAGGCAGAAACCUUGCGCUUCGGUGCCGAGCUUGAGGCAUUGCCUCAGCGUCCCGAGAUUCCACGUGAUUCAAACAAUUUCCGCACCUUCGAGUCCUCGACAUCAGGAGGAAUUGGAUAUGGUCCUCUCGAAGUUUCCCGAAUGCGAGGAGGUCGUUCCGUGGGUCGUCGACUCUACUCCGCUGCUGAAGAUCACCACGCCAACAGCGGAACCCAUAAUCUAAGUUUAUUUUUGUAAUAGUUGGUAUAUUUCUGUUGGUUGGUUGUUGUUGUUGUUGUUCUUGGUGUGGAAAUCACCGGGGGUAUACAUGUAAGUGAUACCAGUUCUAGUCAAUGGAUGGAUUUAAAAUCCGAAUAGACUGAUUGCAUAAAUAAUAUAUUUAAAUAGUAUUAUGAAAAAAAUGGAAAGGAAUAGGUGAGAAAUGGGAUGGGAAUGGUUAUUAUCGUGUGAUAUUCGAAUAGAAGAGAUUUGUUGAAAGGUGAAGAUAGAUACCGGGUGUUUCAUUGAAUGACAUUCAAGUUUAUAGAGAAUCACUCGGUAUAUUUAUAUAAGUCAUGUUUUAUUAGAGAGAAUUAAAUAUACAC